AUGGGCUCGGUGUUUUGGAGGGUUCUGGCCCAUGUGUGCCAUGUGGUCCCCGUCGCGGGAACGUUUUGCCAUGCUGCUGCUGCUGCUGAAGAGUGCAGGCUUCGGGUGUUCGGCGGGGGUGGCCUGCUGUGGGGUGUGUACUGGUAUUGCCGUCCGCCCGCAUGCGGCGUGUGGGUGCGAGCACUGCCACCAGCGUGUGUGGGUGCGGAGGUCGAGGUGGAAAACCCGGGCACCAUGCUCCUAGCAAGUUGGGCGUUGUGGGACGCCUUGGUACAACGGAUGCUCAGGGCCCAGGACUUGGUUGCACCGGAAGCAGACCCAUUCCGGCUGCCAUGUCCCCUCUUGUUGGUUUCGGGUGGGAGCACGCGGAGUCUUCUUGGGGCCUGGAAGGGGCCGGUCUGGCAAGUCGACUCCAUGGUGCUGGCGCUGAUUGAGGAAACUGCGGUCCGAUGUUUCGUUCCAUGCAUGCCUGCAAGUUGGGCAUGGGGGCCGGGGCUGCUGGACAUAGAGGUGCGUCGAGCAGCCAAACGUGGAAAGUGUGGCGACAAUGUGGCCAAUGUAGCCGGGCUGUGGGCCCUGCCUGAUCCUGUGUCCUGGAUGGCCCCUAGGUAUGGCGGAGUGCUGGGUGCCGGCAGCGCCGGCGAAAGAAGGCUGUUCGGCCGUUAUGCUGGGGACAUGCGGCGUUGCCGGAAGUGUGCAUGCUUCUUGGCUUGGCACUGGCGGGGUGAUAUCUUCGAUGCCGUCGGCGGCUGGGUAGGGCGGCAACAACCAAUGAGAGUGUCGGCCAGUUUCUUGUUGAGUUCAUGCGGAUAUGCCUGUGGUGCCGCAGUGAGGUACGGCAUGCCUUUCUCCAUUCUUCUCACUUCUCCUGGAGGCCUGAGCAUCGAUUUGUCCCAGGACUUUGCAGGGACAUACCACUCCUUGCCCUUUAAGCGGGGGUGUGAGCCCCAGUGUUUGGCACCUGUGGACGGUUUGAUCUACAUGGACACUGAUUCGGUGUCGUCUUUGAACCGCGGCUGCUCAACUAUGGACGGCCGCUGCAAGUCGUCCAUGAUUUCAACCGACUCGCUGGUGCGUAUGGACAUGAGGUUGGCCUUUUGUACCUUGUGCUUCUGUGCUGGUGCAAGUUCAUCCAAGCCAUAUCUUUCUGGCCCAGUGGCGCUCUUCAAGGGCCUAGGCGCUUCAUCAUCCCCUCUUUGA